CAAAUAUCAGUCUUUUUUAUAUAAAAAAACAAUUGUGGAGGGGUAAUAUUAUAUUGUUGCCAUGGUACGCAUGCAUGCAGGAGGAGAAGGGGAAGAGGAGGACGGAGGAGAGGACAUAGCGGAGGAGGAAGCGGUGUGCAGAAUAUGCCUCGGGGAGCUGUGCGAAGGCGGGGAGACGACGUUGAAGAUGGAGUGCAGCUGCAAGGGGGAACUCGCCCUCGCCCACAAACACUGCGCCGUCACUUGGUUCUCCAUCAAAGGCAACAAAACCUGCGACGUCUGCCGCCACCCCGUCCGCAACCUCCCCGUCACCCUCCUCCGCAUCCGCAGCACCGCCUCCGCCCACCCCGCCCUCUCCCUCGCCACCACGCUCUCCCACCUCGAGAUCAAUGGGCACAGGGUGGUGUCCCAGGAAGUGCCAGUUCUGGUUAUUGUUAGCAUGCUUGCUUACUUUUGUUUUCUUGAACAACUCCUGGUUGGAAAGAUGGGUACAAGUGCAAUUGCUAUAUCACUGCCAUUCUCUUGUGUACUUGGCCUCCUUGGCUCUAUGACUUCUUCCACUAUGGUAAUGAAAAGAUUCGUAUGGGUGUACGCAUCAGUCCAGUUUGCAUUUGUGGUGCUCUUUGCACACAUUUUCUACACUCUGGUUCAUGUGCAAGCAGUUCUGUCGAUCUUGCUAUCAAUAUUUGCUGGAUUUGGGGUUGCAAUGAGUGGAAGUUCUAUUCUUGUCGAGUACUUCAGGUGGCGAAGAAGCCACCGCAGCCCCCCUCCGAGCCAAUGGCCUUAAUAACGCACGCAUUGGCCGGAGGAAGAUGAAAAUAUACACUACUACCUCCGAGCCAAUGGCCAAAAGUAGACAAAUACUCAGAGACUAAUGGAGUAUAGUAAAUACUACGUAUCAGUUUUGGUCGGUCUCACGACUGAUGUGUUACUUUUCUUAAAAAAUUACUCGUACGAGUUUAGUGCAUGACAUUUUUGUCCGUGUCGAUUUAGGUCAAUUUAAAUGCAUUUUGUCACCAAAAAAAGAAGUCAAUUACAAUUUUCAUUGACUAUGAUAAAAAAAAGAAAGAAAGAUCAAAGUAGGACUAAAACAUUGAAAAUAUACCAAAAUAUGACUUCCAUGUUUUUAUUCUCGAAAUAGGACUUACAGUACGAAAAUGAUCAUGUACAUUACCAAAAAAGUAUAGUAAUGUGCACAUAUACAGUGCCACAUUACCACAGUGCAAAGUCCUAUUUCGAAAAAAAACAUGAAAGUCCUAUUUUGGUAAUUUUUUCUAUAUUUUAAUCCUAUUUGGAAUAAUUUCUAAAAAAAAAAUUUUACAAUGAUGUUCAAAUUUUAAUGUUUCACUCAAAGUUGCAGUCAUCAAAGCUGGGGGAGACACGGAACUCGUGGGAUCAAAAUUCAAAAUUGGUUUCUACUCUUACAAAUUAAAUGCCAAAACAUUUU